AUGACAUCGAGUUUCAACUCCACUGUAUCAUUUAUGGUGACCGGUGACCUGCACGGUAAGACGUACGAAGAGACUGGUCUGGAGGCGGGCCAGCCUCUUUACCAGAUCGCUAUCCAGUGCACGCUGCUCAUGGCCAUCUGGCUGUGUAGCAUCUCCGCCAACCUGCUCGUGUGCCUAGUCAUCUACCGGAGCCGCCGCAUUCAGUCUACCACCAACUACUUCGUGGUCUCCAUGGCGCUGUCCGACCUCCUAUUCACGAUCUUCUGUGUGCCGUUCAUCGCCUCCCGCCUGAUAAGCAACCGCUGGCUGCUCGGCCCCAUCAUGUGCCGCCUCGUCCGGUUCGUCCAGAUAUCCGCCCCGACCACAAGUGUGUUUGUCCUGGCGUCCAUUUCUGUGGACAGGUUCUACACGAUUAUUUAUCCUCUCAGUUUUAAAAUAACGCGAGGGACGGCGAAACGGCUCAUAGUCAGUUGCUGGACGUUAUCGUUUGCAGUGUGUAUAUUUUCAAUAUAUUUCUUCCAACCACUUACAAUAACGUGGGGCCAUAUGACGGUUUGUCCGACGUACGUUCCAAACAAAGAUUGGAUGGCAAUACUUUACGGUGCAUUGUUCGUGUCAUUGACAUACCUUAUUCCUGUAAUAAUCAUUAUUGUGAUUUAUUCCCGGAUAUUCCGAUACGUGUGGACUCCAAGUACUGACCGCCGUAGUCUAAAGAGAACAUCCAAUUCCGUGCCAAGAACAAAAGUAAAGAUGUUAAAAAUGUUAAUAAUUGUGACGGUGGUGACACUCUCUUGUCACACCCCUUACUAUAUCGUCCAACUGUGGUACAGCAUUUCUUCCGUAGUAUACGUAAAUCCUAGCAUAUUCGUCGCCAGCUUCCUCCUAAUUUUCCUCACAACGACGCUUAAACCGUUACUCUACAUGAUGUACAAUUCGAACUUCCGGCGGGGGUGCCGUGAGGUGUUCUGUAUGUCCAACAUGAAGUGCUACCGCAGCCAUACGUACGCCAUCACUAAUGCCUCUCAGGUGAGCAAGAAAAACCACGUGGGUAUCAUGCCGGCGGAGAAUGGGCGCGGCGGCAUACAUAGCCCCACCCUCGUGUUCAAUCGCACCCCCAUCCUCGACAAGAUGGCCUGGCCAAUGGACGCUAACAGCCUAUCAACGACCUAUUUGUGA